AUAAAAGGGAAGCAAGAAACAUUGAAAGAAACAAAAUAAGCAUAUUAUACACAUUUUUUUUUCUUUCUUGGAAAAGAUGGAUUCUUCUUCAUCCGAAGUAAAGAUUAUCUCAAAAUGCUUCGUCAAACCCAAAACCCUCCCUGAAAAAUGGAAAGAGCCAUACCAUUUUUCACCAAUGGAUCAUGUGAUGCUCUCAAUGCAUUACAUCCAAAAGGGUCUUCUCUUUCUCAAACCAUCAUUUUCUGAAUCUGAGGAUGCAGUCAAACCAAAAGAGUUCAUGGACAGUUUACUGCAGAAGCUUAAAGACUCUCUAGCCACAACACUUAUUCAUUUCUAUCCUCUUGCAGGUCGCCUCUCGACUCUGAAAACCGACAAUCCAAGAUUUCACUCGGUGUUUGUAGAUUGUAAUAACAGUCCUGGAGCUGGAUUUAUCCAUGCUGAAUCAGAUCUAAGUGUAUCAGGUAUUCUUGGGUCCAAAUAUGUUCCUUUGGUUGUUCAGUCUCUCUUUGAUCAUCACAAAGCAUUGAAUCUCGAUGGUUACACCAUGAGUCUCUUAUCGGUCAAGGUAACAGAACUGGUAGAUGGAGUGUUCAUAGGAUUGUCUAUGAAUCAUACAAUUGGAGAUGGAAGUUCCUUCUGGCAGUUCUUCAACUCUUUGUCCGAGAUCUUUAAUUCACAAGAAGAAACCAUUGGUAAUAAUCACAACAACGCAUUGCUCUGUCUCAAGAAUCCUCCAAUCUUUCUUGAAGUGUCUGGUCCUACUUACAGCUUUCCCUUCAGUGAACCUGAUGAGCCCAUUAGUCAAUUCGAAUAUCCGGUUUUGAAGGAGAGAAUGUUCCAUUUCUCAUCAGAAACAGUGAGAUUGUUGAAAUCAAAGGCAAAUCAAGAAUGCGGAACGACAAAUAUCUCUUCUUUUCAGUCGCUAACCGCAUUUAUAUGGAGAAGCAUUACAAGAGCAAGAAAACUACCAAAUGAUCAAGAAACUACUUGCAGGCUUGCUGCUGGCAAUAGAUCAAGAAUGGAUCCACCAUUGCCAGAAAAUUACUUUGGGGUUUACUUAUCUCCUGUGCAAACGACUACAAAAACUGGUAAUCUAUUGGAGAAUGAGUUUGGAUGGGCUGCUUUGAAACUGCAUCAGGCUGUAACCGAACACAAUGGCGAAAAGAUCUCAUCCGAAAUGAACCAAUGGUUGAAGUCAUUCUUGAAACUAGGUGGACUUUUCAGUCCGAACAUUGUUCACAUGGGAAGCUCUCCGAGGUUUAACAAGUACGGAUGCGAGUUCGGGAUGGGAAAAGCGGUGGCGGUUAGAAGCGCUAAGUUUGAUGGGAAGAUAUCAGCUUAUCCAGGAAGAGAAGGAGGAGGAAGCAUAGAUUUGGAAAUAUGUCUACUUCCAGAGUUUAUGGAAGCUUUGGAAUUAGAUCAAGAGUUUAUGUCUCUUGCCUCUUCUUCUUCUUGAUCUUCAUGAUCUUAUUCAUAUAUGCUCUCAUCAUAUCUCUAAAUAAAGUUUGGUUUGUUGUGGAUUGAGUUAUAUGUUGCUGUUAAAAUCCAAUUCAAUAUUAUGUGACAAUGUGUUAUUCAACUGAUAAUGAUUCACCUACUCUCUGAACCUUUUGUCCCCUUUGUUUCUUGAAAUGUUCUAAAAGUAAAUCAAGAUCUAAAAC